CGAAGGACCAAAACCACACGUUAUAUAAAAAAUGUCUCGGUUGUGUCGAGAAAUCUGAUUACUCUACUGCUCGCUUUUCUGAUUACGUACCUAAAAUACUAGUAACUCGAAGCUUCCUGUCUCUGCGACAAUCUCAGCUUCCCAGCAACCUUCGCCGGCGUCUUAGCUGAGCAAACCGGGCCAAUGUCCACCAUCCCUGCCACUACAAGCGGUUCAUCACGCCCUCAGGCGCCCGAAAAGGCAUGGUGGAAAGAAGCUUCGGUAUAUCAGAUAUACCCAGCCUCCUUCAAUGACAGCGAUGGAGACGGCUUGGGUGACAUUCCUGGUAUUAUCCAGAAGGUCGACUAUCUUGGAGCGUUGGGAGUGGAUGUCGUGUGGCUGUGUCCAGUGUAUGAAUCACCCCAAAUUGACAUGGGAUACGACGUUUCCGACUACCGAUCCAUCCAUGCGCCCUACGGCACCGUGGAAGACGUCGACCGGCUUAUUGCGGCAUUACAUGAAAGGCGCAUGAGACUUGUCAUGGACUUGGUUGUCAACCACACGUCAGACCAGCAUGUUUGGUUCCGGGAAUCGAGGUCAUCCCUCAGCAACCCGAAGCGAGACUGGUACAUCUGGAAGAAGCCCAGAUGGGACGCAGCAGGCAACCGGCUUCCACCAAAUAACUGGGCGUCCGUCUUUGGAGGCAGCGCAUGGUCAUGGGACGAAACGACGGGCGAGUAUUACCUGCAUCUGUUUUGCAAAGAACAGCCAGACCUCAACUGGGAGAAUCCCGAUGUCGUCCAAGCCGUGCACGACAUCAUGACAUUCUGGCUAGACAAGGGGGUCGAUGGGUUCAGGAUGGACGUCAUCAAUUUCAUCAGCAAAUCCCCCGGGUUGCCUGAUGCUCCGUUGAAGCUGCCAGGCCAGGAGUUUCAACCUGGCGACCUUCAUUACGCAAACGGUCCUAGGUUGCACGAGUUUCUUCGCGGUUUGCGGGAGGUUCUGGACCGGUACGAUGCCUUUGCUAUCGGAGAGAUGCCGUGUGUCAAGGAAGAGCAGGACGUGCUCAUGGCAGUGGCGGCAGAUCGGAAGGAGCUGAAUAUGAUCUUCCAGUUCGACAUUGUCUCCAUAGAUAUCGGAUCGGGCGGCAAAUUCACAUCCAAAACGUGGUCACUCGCCAAGAUGAAGGCAAUUGUCAAUAAAUGGCAGACAUGCAUGUACGACAACAACGGCUGGAACGCGCUCUUCCUAGAGAACCAUGACCAAAGCAGGUCUGUCUCGCGAUUCACGCCGCAUCGUCCCGAGAAUAGGACUGCGGCUGCCAAGAUGCUGGCAACGUUCCUGGCGCUGCAGUCGGGCACCGUGUUCGUUUACCAGGGCCAGGAGCUGGGCAUGGCAAACCUGCCGAGGGAGUGGCCCAUCGAUGAGUACAAAGACGUUGAAACGUUGAACCUGUAUCGACUCGCCAUGCAACAGCAUCGUGGAGACUCGGAAGCUGUGGAACAGCUCAUGGACCAAGUGAGGCUAAAGGCAAGAGACCACUCCCGGUCGCCGAUGCAGUGGAACGCGCAGCAACAUGGCGGUUUUACCACCGGAACCCCAUGGGUGCGCGCCAACGACGCUGAUUACAUGCACUGCAACGCCGAGCAGCAGCUGAGGGAUCCCACGAGCGUCCUUGCGUACUGGCGCCAGCUGCUGCGGCUGCGUAAGCAGAACGUUGAUGUUUUUGUUUAUGGCCGUUUUGAGUUACUCGCCGCUGCCGAUCCCUCCUUGUUCUGUUACCGGCGUAUCGACCCGUCUGGAUAUGGAGUCGCGACGUUGGUGCUGAAUUUCACGGACUGUGAGUACGAGUGGCAAGUGCCCCCCGCAGAAGUGGUAGAGGCUUUGACGGCAGCGCGUUGCGUCUUGGGGAACUAUGAGCCGCCGGCGGAGUUGAAUGGGGAUGGUUCUAUGCGCUUGAAACCGUUUGAAGCACUGGUGAUUUUGGAACUCGAGGAUUUAUAUGAAGGUGCCUAGUAGAAGCUAGAUGCCACAAAGGGUCUACGGUAGAGCAGGUAUAGAUGGAUGGAUGGAUGGAGUUGAUUUCGCCCGG